AUGUUUUUUAUAUGUGCGAUACAAACAAAAUGCGAGAUAGACAGACGCGUGAUCACAACGUUAAGGUAUUCUAAGUUUUAUAUCAAACCCUUCGUUGUUAAUGGUAAGCCAGCGUUGGUUGGCGAGGUGCCUUACCUGGUAUCAAUCAAAGAACCAACGCGGAGGUUGGGUCACGGUAGAAUAGUCUGGAAGAAUCUCUGCGGCGGGAGUAUCAUCGAUGAGAUGAGAGUACUAACAGCCGCUCAUUGUUUUGAAGGCAAGAACUUCUUUUAUGCUCGCCACCCCAAGCUGCUGCGGUUAGUUGCUGGGAGCUUCCGAACUGACCUGACGCACUCCGGACGCACAGAAACUAACGUCAUAAACCAGUGGCGAACUAUUGACCGGGUUAUCUUGCACAAGCACUUCAAUUUCCCGGACAACGAUAUCGCUAUCGUGUUCGUAGAUGCUAAAUGGCGCUUCAUUCGCAACGUUAACUUCAUCAUACCGGCUAGAAGCGACGCGGACUAUCCGCAAACAUGCUUUUCGGCCGGAUUCGGCAGAACUGGCUAUAGUUUAAAGGACCCAAUAUCUCCUACACUUCUGAUAGCUCCGAUUUACGUGCUGACGAGGUGGCACUGCUCUAAAUUGUGGGAAAUGAACAUGAAUUCAUUUGUAUGCACCGAUUCGUCGGUGACUGACAUGUCUAGAGGUGACUCUGGGGGUCCUUUAGCGUGUAAGAAUACAUUGGAUCCAGAGGAGCAGCCGGGAAGGGAGUUGCUGGUGGGUGUCGUGAGCGGGAAAAAUUUCGAUAAAACGACAUUGUACACCCGGGUCUCCGCGUAUCGAGAUUGGAUUGAUAAUAAUGGGAGUUUUGUGUUAUUGAGCAAUAUUGUUGUCGUUUUGAUUACACUUUUGUUGUCAAUAUAUCAUUUCUUUUAA